AUGGACAAGUGCAUUGACGAUUCCUUCUGUUCAAAUGACGGACAGUGCUACAGUGGCCAAUGUCGCUGCUCAGUCCAUUGGUCUGGUCCUGACUGCACCAAGCACAAUUUAAUUUACUUCACGUCGUUUUCCGUGAUUUUCUACUGCAUUACACUAUGCUGCUUUAUCCAGCUUGGCAUUUGUAUCCGAUCGGAGUACGCCAAGCAGAAGCAAAAGUCCCUCAACCAGGCUUGUCGAAUUACUGUCCAGAAGUUUCUCUAUAGCUGCUCGGCGAUCGCCUGUCUCAUCCGUGGCCUGCUCUUUAGUCUCGGCAACGAUUCCCUCGACACGGAGCAAUAUGAAAAUUGCCCUCGGUUUUUGACAAAGUCCCGGCUGGCAUUUACGAUUUUCAAUGCGUGUUUGAUCGGAGUGCUUUUCAUCAAUUUUACCGCCUCCCACUUCCAAGAACACUCCGCUCACUCGCCGAAUCUAGUGUUCCCCACGCUCUUUGCUAUUGUACUGUUUAUCGUCCACGUGUUGUUCCUCAUUAUCGGGAUCGAAAUGUUUUGCAAGAUCCGCGGCGAGUUCGUGAUGAAUACGAAGAGCGAGACAAAAGAGAAGAUCGACGUUGUCCAGGCGGCGCAUUCUCGCGUUGGUUUGUUUUUCCAGUGUGGGCUAACAGUUCUGCUCGUCGUUUUCAUUCUUGCUGACGUUUUCGGCGGCAGUGACGUCAUCCAAGACAUCUUUUAUCGCGAUGCCUUUGAGGUCACCUUCCGCCUGAUGGAACUGGGCGUCGUGCUUUGGUUUCCCUGCAUUCUCUGGAACUCGACGAAUCCAGAAGAGCUCUGGGCGUUGAAUCCGCGCAAGCUUCUCAAACCUGCCAAGCGAGAGGCGCUCGAUUUGCGCACGGAUCAGCUGCUCGUCCAGAGCCCGCACGACGCUGAAUGCUGGAUUUGCUACGACGCCAAGGAGGAUGAUCUCAUUCAGCCCUGCGACUGCAAGGGCGACGUGAAAUGGGUGCAUCAAAAGUGCUUGCAGCGGUGGAUCGCCGAGAAGAGCCAAGGAGACAAGCCUUGCUGCCAAGUCUGCAAGCAAGAAUACUUGAUUUACAUCGAAAAGAUCGACUUCGACGAUACUUUGAAGAAGAUCCACUGGUUCAUGGUGGUCCCCUCUUUCGUGACGAUCCUUUUCGCCCCGUACGGUACUUACUUGCUCUGCCGGCAAGUCGACGAAUACCGAAUAUCGAGCUUCGAGAAACAUCACACGCUCAUCAAAUCCGCGGCUGUUGUUUUGUGUUGUUUUAUUGAGUAUGCUCUUUUCCGUUUCAUUGGAACUAGCGGCUUCAAACUUUACCGCACAGCUGUGAGCAGAGCCCGGGCACCCUUUUACACGCGUUUAGAACAUCGAAGGAAGACGAACAAGCUGCGCUGGCCGGAGAAAGUUCUAGCUCAGUCACUCGCGUCUGAGCGCGUCGCCGUUUACCUGUACUACAAAGGUUACUGUGCUUUCGCAAGCACUCAAUUCUUCAUCUACGUCUCACCCAAUUCAGCCACAAAUAAUCGUGCUCGCAAAGUUCAUGUCAAGGUGAUGCUCGACUUUUCGUAA